CCGGCUGAUCUGUGCUCAGAGAUUUACCCAAACUUAACAACAAUCACUAUAAUACUUCAAUGUUACAUUUAACGACUGCUCAGGAGGUGUUACGGUCUCGGAAAACUGUCUCAGAGCCUGCAAAGUUCGGCUGUUAGUGCAUUAAGUUACAUGAAUAUAACGUUAGUUUAGUUAACGUUAUCUGUCUGCAGACAAACUUUGGCGUACCGGCUACAGCUGCUAGUUAACAGUUAGCUGACUUGUGUUGGCUGCGUUAAUAAUAUCAAAAAAAUAUCACAUAAAGCCUACUUGAACAGGGAGCCUUGUGGUUAUCCAUACAUACAUCUGGGUCUCACCUCUGGGAAAACUAAUCCACCUUCCUACCCUCAACCCAGCAUCAUAUGGCUUCCGCCUGGUCAGAAGAGGAGACUUUUGUCUGCCCAGUGUGCCUGGACACCCUAAAGGACCCAGCCACUUUACUCUGUGGACACUCGUACUGCUUGGUUUGUAUCCAGAGCCACUGGGACAAGGAAGACAGCAAUGGCCAGUACAGCUGCCCCCAGUGUAGGCAGGUCUUCGACCCUCGACCCUCGCUGGCCAAGAGCACUGUGCUAGCGGAAGCUAUGGAGAAACUGAGAACCAACAGCCUCAAGCAAAGCCCCUCCACAGCUGUCUCCUCUGCCCCACCAUCAAUGCCUGUUUACCUAGAGGUCCUACCAGAUACAGGACCACGACAGGGCAGCAUGUACCCUCAGCUUCCCGCAGUGGCCCCCAGACCCUGCCCUCAUCACAACCAACCCCUGGACCUGUUUUGCCAAGAUGACAAGGAGUGUGUGUGUGAGGUAUGCUGCCAGAAUGGACACAAGGGACAUCGUGUAGCCAAACCACAGGAGGAGAGACGAGAGAGACAGAAAGAGCUUGUUCAGAUGCAGGCAGAAGUACAGAGGAGAGUCCAGGAGACUGAGAAAAAGCUUAAAGAGCUCCCACAUUUUGCUCGUCAACACAAGGCCUUGGUUCAGGCUCUGGAGCAAGAGAGCACUGAUUUAUUUUCUGAGCUGGUCAAGAAUGUGAAUUAUACGGGCAUCCAGGUUGGUGAGCUUCUCAGCACCCAUGAGACCUCCUUAGGCAGCAAGAUUGAGGGGCAGAUCCACAGACUGGAGCAGGAGGUGGUACAGCUCCGCUGGAAGAGUGAAGAGCUGAGCAGACUGGCUGAUAUGCAGGACCACAUCUGCUUCUUGAAGAAUUUCCUCAUCAUGGAGCCACUGGGUAAGACUGGUGCUACAGGAGAGUUGAUACUGACUGAGGACUCAGUGGUGGCCUCCAUUCGUUCAACCAUGAAAGAACUACAAGAGUCAGUACAGGACCUCUGCAAAGCCAGCCUGGACAAGAUCAUCACAUUAGUGAAUGACGACCCCGUGGCUUCAACACCCAAUGGUGCUGCAGCAGUAGCAGCAGACACUACAGCAGCUGAUAAACAUGGUCAGGCCACCACACAAAACUCAGUGUAUGAGAUGACAACAAACCCUCCACCUUUACCCCCACCGCGACCUCAACGGCAUGAAGAUUCAACCAAAUCUUCACAUCUACUUCCAGCAUGUCCUCUAGCUUCAGCACCCCCUCCACCAUUCCCUCCUCCUCAGCCUCAAGCACCUCCUGUGUCAACAGUGGGACUUGUGAAUCCAGAGCCAAAGACUAGAGGAGAGAUGCUGAAAUUUCGCUUUGAACCCACCUUGGACCCCAACACGGUGUAUCGCCAUGUGCUGCUGUCAGAUGGAGGUCAUAAGGCCACGAUGCAGGCUGAGAACCUGAAACCAACAGACCACCCUGAACGCUUCCUUUUCUGGAGACAGGUUCUCUGCAGAGAGCCGCUGGCAGGGAGCCCUUACUACUGGGAGGUGGAGUGGACUGGACAGAAGAUCACCAUCGGCGUGGCCUACAAGGAGAUGGAACGUAAAGGUGCUGAUGACAAAAGCCGUCUGGGCCACAAUCCCCUGUCCUGGAGCCUGUACUGGUCCGGUACUGGCUUCUCCUUCUGGCAUGAUGGCCAGGAAAAACUGCUGGGCUCACCCAAGGCACGACGAGUUGGCAUCUAUCUGGACCAGCAUGCAGGGAUUCUUGCCUUUUACCGCAUUGUCAACAACCAGGCUGACCUCAUCCAUAAGCACCAGACCCAGUUCAAUGGACCGCUGUACCCAGGGUUCAGGUUCUGGGCAGGGAUAGGGUCUACAGUGACUGUUUGCCAGUUGGAUUGAGUUGUAUAUGAAUGAUGGGUAGGUUUGUUAUAUAACCUGCUUGUCUGGUUGAAAGUAUUUUACACUUGGACAUUUUAAUAAGGGAGUAGAUGUCCUCUCGCCCUGGAGUUUGAUCCCUCUUGAGAAGUAACAUCUAUAUUUUUCUUUAAUUUUUCUUAAAUUUUCUUUUUUCUCAAUGUUGUUUUUGCACCAGCCUCCAUGCAUGUGUUGUGUAUUUUCUAAAAAUAUAUUUGUUGUAAGUUAAUAAAAUAGUAAUAAACACA